AUGAAGAAGAAUGUGCGUGUUACGCAGUCGAUGGUCAAAGCUCCCGACGAAACGCCCAAGGGUAUCAAGAUCGUACUCCAGGAGCGGGGCCUUUGGAGCGCCAGCCUCAGACUCGACACGGCCAAGGACCUACUCGGAUCCCAGCCCGACUUCACGUCCCAGAAGUGCCACUUUCACUGCGAGUUCAACUUCAUCAAGAUGUACUGGGGUGCCCUCAAGAACUACUGCCGAGAGCAUUGCGAUUACUCGUUCGCAAAGCUUCUCUCGACAAUCAAAGCUGCCAUGAAGCACGUCAAAUUAGCCUCCAUCCGUCGCUACGCCAGAAAGUGCUGGCGGUACAUGGACGCCUAUCGCAAAGGCCUCUCGUUGGAGAAGGCGUAA